AUGUCUACUUCAGCCGCUGUCGAUGCGCUCCUCGAGGAGACGGCGCGCGAGGUCGAGAUGAAGGACCGCGAGCGCCACGCUAGCAGCGAGGCCCGCGACAUGGACAGCCGCCGUGACGACCGCGACCGCCACUCAGACCGACGCGACCGCCGUGAUAGGAGCAGAGACCGGGGUGACCGCUAUCGUGAGUCCAAUGGAGACCGGCGCCGGAGCCGAGACAGAGACCAUCGACGGAGAGAUGGAAGCCGCCCUCGAUCGAGCAAAGGUGCUGACACAGAUGAAGACCGAGAUAGGCAUCGUCGUAGCAGCUCACGCGACCGACGUGGAGGCCGCGGCCGUGACCGUGGAGGCGACUUUUACAGCGGAGGUGGACGACCUCGCACCCGUUCCCCUCGUCGUGAACGUGCCGAUGACAGGUACCGUGAUAGGUCCCGCGACCGCCGCCGCAACGGUGGCGACGAGCGCCGCAAUAGCCGCCGUAACAAUACGCCGCCCGAGCCUGAGAUUACUGAAGACGACCGCGACAAGCGCACCAUCUUUGUCCAGCAGAUUUCCCAGCGCGCCGAGACACGCCACCUGCGUACGUUUUUCGAGCGAGUCGGCCCUGUUGUCGAGGCACAGAUUGUCAAGGAUCGAGUCACUGGCCGUUCCAAAGGUGUCGGCUAUGUUGAGUUCAAGGAUGAAGAGUCUGUACCCCAAGCACUGGAGCUGACUGGUCAGAAACUAAAGGGUGUUCCCAUCAUCGCCCAGCUUACUGAAGCCGAGAAAAACCGUGCCGCCCGUCCGUCGGAGGGCGGUGCUGCGCCUGGUGCUAACGGUGCCCCGUUCCAUCGUCUUUACGUUGGCAACAUUCAUUUUAGUGUCACUGAGAAGGAUCUCCAGGAGAUCUUUGAGCCCUUCGGUGAGCUUGAGCAGGUCAUCCUCCAGCGCGACGAGAUGAACCCUGGCCGAUCCAAGGGAUAUGGUUUCGUUCAGUUUGUUGAUCCUUCGCACGCUAAGAAUGCUCUCGCAGAGAUGAACGGUUUCGAGCUUGCCGGCCGCCAGAUCCGCGUUGGCCUUGGCAACGACAAGUUCACCCCCGAAUCGACCGCCAACCUUCUCCGUACCUUUUCUCAGCAGGCACAGACCUACCAAGGCUCUGCUUUCAGUGGAGCCGGUGGUCGUGGCGCUUAUGCAGGUGGCAGUGGUGGCGUUUUUGACCGUACGCACAGCAAGGAUGACCGCGGUGUCAGCGGCGCUUCUGCCCUGGAUGACACCGAUGUGGCGGGCGUCAACUUCAAGACUUACGAUCGUAGCAAACUCAUGGACGCUCUCGCCCGCCGCGACAACCCAGAGCCCGCCAAGCAGGGUGCCCAACCCGUCAUUAGCAAGCCGCGCGCUCCGGUCGUUGACAAGCCUAUGGCAUCGAAGUGCAUCAAGAUCGAGAAUGCUUUUGACGCUGACGAGGAGCAGCGUAACUACGGCAACAACUGGGUCAAAGAUCUUGAGGUCGAAGUCAAGGCUGAGUGCGACAAAAAGUAUGGCAAGGUCGUCCAUAUUGCUGUCGACACCAACAGUGACGGCGACAUCUUUGUCAAGUUUGACUCUGUCUCUGGUGGCGAAAAGGCUCUCCAGGGACUGAACGGUCGCAACUUCAACCACCGCACCAUUCGCGCUUCGUACGUUGUCGACAAGAUCUACAACUCCCUUUGGGGCGCUGCUGCCAGCAGGUUCUAA